AUGGCUGUGAAAUCAUCUCAAUCUGAAGAACCAACCUUUGAACCCAUCACAAGGAUGGGGACUCUUGGUCGUGAGGGAACCCGCUCAGAGAUGCAAGAUCUAGAAAUCAUCGCUUCGGCAGGUGCUUCUUUUCGACCAGGUGACAUUCCUCCUCCUCCCGAUGGCGGCAUUCAAGCCUGGACACAAGUCGCCAUGGGCUGGAUCGCCAUCUUUGCAACAUGGGGCUACGUCAACUCGUUUGGUAGUUUCCAAGCUCAUUACACCUCAACACUUGCCCAGACACCGUUCCAAAUCUCGUGGAUUGGGUCCAUUCAGGUUUGGUUUACUUUCUUUGGAAGUGCCUUUUCUGGAAGAUUGCUCGACGCUGGCUUCUGGGUUCCUACUUUUCUUGUAGGCUCGACAUUGCAACUUUUGGGGAUUUUUACUAUGAGCUUGUCGACUUCGUACUGGCAUCUCAUGAUUACCCAGGGUGUUGUUACAGGUAUCGGUGGAGGAAUUAUCUUUGCUCCUUCGCUGGCACUGGUGGCGACGUACUUUGAGAAACGAAGAGGUAUAGCCAUUGGUCUCGUCACCACAGGCAAUUCCUUAGGUGGCACUGUGUAUCCUCUCGUUGUACGAACGUUGCUCCCAGAGAUUGGAUUCUCAUGGACGGCAAGAGUACUUGGGUUUAUUAAUCUCAUUGGCUUUGCACUUGUGGCUGUCUUUAUGAGGCCCAGACUUCCACCAAGACAGACGGGACCUAUCAUUGAUUGGACGGCGUUUAAUGAUGUGCUUUAUCUUUGCUACGUGAGCGGCUUGUUUUUUUUCGUGUGGUCUGUUUACUACACUUUCUACUAUCUCGCAUCUUUCGGACAAGAUGAAAUCGGCAUGUCAUUCUCUGACUCAUCCCUUCUCACAACCAUAAUCAACGCCGUCGGUCUCCCAACUCGAGUCUUAAUUCCCUUCCUCGCUGAUAGAAUCGGCCCAUUAAACACCAUCGCGCCAGCGGGCAUGUGUGUAGCUAUCGUUGCAUACACAUGGCUAGCAGUACACAACGAGACAGGAGUCUACGUCUUUUCAAUAUUCUACGGUAUAGCAUCAGGAGCGUUCCAGAGUCUUAUGCCAACUGGCGUUGCUAGCAUCACAAAGAGACUCGACACUAUCGGAACCAGAAUGGGAAUGUGCUUUAGUCUCAUUUCCUUUGCGGGUUUGUCCGGACCGCCUAUUGGAGGUUUGUUGCAGUCCAAGAGUUUGGAGGGCGCGCAUUGUUGA